ACAAACGGGUGAUGGUGGAUUCGGGUUAUUUAAUAAAGUAUGUUGUUUUAGCUAACAAGUUUUUGUGUAUGAAUAGACAAAGGAACAUAAAUCAAAUAUCUCUAGGAGUAUUAAAUUAUUGUGCUUCCGAGUGCCCCUAUGCUAAUCAUAGAUUAUUAUGGGAAGAGAAUGUGUCAAUCAGCAUCAACAAAUGGUGUUUUAUAUUAGUGAACGGUAGUCAUGCGAGGAGGGUUAUGACUUUGGGCAGGGUGUUAAAUUGGAAAUUAGGUGUGUAACUUGUGUUUGUGUUGUGUGGAAGUGCUUAGCUUUUGUGGUGAAGGUGAUUAUCCAGUCUCAAAAUGGCGGACCUCGAAGCUGUUCUGGCCGACGUCAGCUACCUAAUGGCAAUGGAGAAGUCCAAAUGUACUCCAGCAGCUAGAGCCAGCAAAAAAAUUGUGUUACCUGAUCCAAGUGUACGGAGUGUCAUGCAUAAAUAUAUGGAGAAGAAAAAUGAAGUCAAUUUUGACAAAAUUUUUAAUCAAGUCCUAGGUUAUUUAUUAUUUAAAGAAUUCUGCGAACAAACAUCAGAAGAGCCAGUGCCACAUUUAAAGUUUUAUGAAGAGAUUAAAUUAUAUGAAAAGCAAGAGUGUAUCGAGGAAAGGCGGAGAAUCGCGAGAGAUAUUUAUGAUAAUUUUAUAAUGAAGGAAUUAUUAGCACAUUCACAUGACUAUUCAAAAGAAUGUGUAGCGCAUGUACAAAAAUAUUUAAUGAAACACGAAGUACCACCGAAUCUUUUUGAGCCGUACAUAGAAGAAAUAUUCCAACAUUUAAGAGGGGAACCAUUCAAAAGUUUCUUAGAAAGUGAUAAGUACACGAGAUUUUGUCAAUGGAAGAAUUUAGAACUCAAUAUACAAUUGACUAUGAACGACUUUAGUGUGCAUCGGAUCAUUGGACGAGGCGGCUUCGGAGAAGUGUACGGAUGUCGAAAGGCUGAUACGGGCAAGAUGUACGCAAUGAAAUGCCUGGACAAGAAACGCAUCAAGAUGAAACAAGGCGAGACACUCGCUCUGAACGAGAGGAUUAUGCUCUCCCUAGUCAGUACCGGGGUGGAUUGCCCAUUCAUCGUGUGUAUGACGUACGCAUUCCACACGCCGGACAAGCUUUGCUUUAUUCUGGACCUCAUGAAUGGUGGGGACCUUCACUACCACCUUUCCCAGCACGGAGUAUUCAAUGAAGCCGAGAUGAAAUUCUAUGCUGCCGAAGUUAUAUUAGGUUUGGAGCACAUGCACAAACGUCACAUAGUAUAUAGGGAUUUGAAGCCUGCAAAUAUCCUGCUCGAUGAGCACGGCCACGUGCGGAUAUCCGACUUGGGACUUGCCUGCGACUUCUCUAAAAAGAAACCACAUGCUAGCGUUGGUACCCACGGUUACAUGGCGCCCGAAGUGCUAUCGAAAGGUACCGGCUACGACUCGUCAGCCGACUGGUUCAGUUUCGGUUGCAUGCUGUACAAACUUCUAAAGGGACACUCGCCUUUCCGCCAGCACAAAACCAAGGACAAGCAUGAGAUCGAUCGGAUGACGCUUACCAUGAAUGUGGAACUACCGGAGUCAUUCAGCCCAAGUUUGAAGAGUUUAUUGGAAGGUCUAUUACAAAGGGACAUUAACAAACGCCUGGGAUGUAAAGGACGCGGUGCCGAUGAAGUCAAAGAACACGUGUUCUUCGCUGGCAUCGACUGGCAGCAAGUGUACCAUCAGAAGUACACGCCGCCGUUGAUACCGCCGCGUGGCGAGGUCAACGCCGCCGAUGCUUUCGAUAUUGGCAGUUUCGAUGAAGAGGACACCAAGGGGAUUAAGCUUACAGAGGCAGAUCAAGCUCAGUAUAAGGAUUUCCCGCUCGUAAUCUCGGAGCGCUGGCAAGGCGAAGUGGCGGAAACGGUAUUCGAAACCAUCAACCAAGAAGCUGAUAAGAUGGAACACAAGAAGAAGUCCAAGCAAAAGCAAAAGUUCGACGCUGAUGAAAAGGAGUCAGACUGCAUAUUGCAUGGCUACAUAAAGAAACUUGGAGGGCCAUUUGCCAGCGCCUGGCAGACACGUUACGCGAAAUUGUACCCUAACCGCCUUGAGUUGCACCUCGAGAACAGCGCCAAGCCAGAGAUGAUCUUGCUGGAUACUGUGGAAGAAGUCUCCUCAGACCUGGUGCCGAUCAAGAGCGAGCAGUGCAUUGUGCUGCGAACCAGAAAUGAUACGAAAAUCGUUCUUACGAAUACCGAUGAAAUCGGACUUAAAGAGUGGGCGCUGUCAUUGCGAUCGGCCCACAAAUGCUCUCAGGAGCUACUGGCUUCGAUGGCGAAGAAGGCGGGUAAAAUAUACGGCACGGAUGGGUCGAAGGAGGCCCUCGGCAUGGUGCGACCCCAACCCGCCGCCUCGCCGGCGCUCACGCGUGCUCCAAACGGGAGUAACUAGCACGAGCUUCCCGCGCCCAAUAAGGGCGCGAAGAUGUUCCGUCGCUCCAAGAGCGCCGCGCAGCUCAUCAAGUGAAGUGAAGUGCGUGUCGCUCGUGCGUCGGAACGUAACAAUCGUUAAAGUGCAUGUGCUCCUCAUAGUGUAGUGACGUCUCGGAGUGCACCGCGCGCUCCGUAUAAAAUACGAUACGGUGUUGUGUCGCGAAUGAGUGACCGUUAGUGUAGCUCCCAAGUAAUCGCUGGAGGAUUAAUCGUUCAGGUAUUUCCGUUUUAUAGAUGUAUGCUCUUAGAGGAACGAGCAGAAGCCUCGAGCAGAAGUUCUGUUCGAAGGAGUGGCUGGAACGCGACUUCGACAGAGUCGUGUGCUCGACGCCGCCGCUCGUUAAUGGACUAUAGCGACUAUUAGGACUGCCAAUUAUUACUAAAUAAAUAUUGUUCGCAUUUUUAUUGUUGUACGAAUUAAUCUGAUAGGAGGGUGAUAAAAUUAAAUGAUAUAAAACAAAAAUGUAUAAAUAAAAAAAUUCCUUUACAGUGAACUUUAUUGUGGAUAACUUUUGUAAUUGUUUGCACCGAUUAAACUUUUGUAAUUAUUAAUGUAACAUUCUGGAUGUUGUAUUUAAAUAUGUAAAAAUAAUUAAUGAAAUAAAUCUAGUAGUUAUAGAGAUUACUUAUAUAUGUCUGUGUUUGUGCAAUAGAUAAUACUACUAAAAACGCAUUUGACUAAUCGUGAUUGGUUAAUGAUAAAAAUUAGAGUGUCUUGACAUUAUAACUCAAAAAUUGAAAUAACUUGUAAUUAUAGAUGCUUUUAUCUAUUUAUAUUCUAUCUAGAGAUUUCAAGCACUUCAGUUAUGUCUCAAUAGGUGUAUCCCCUUAUAUGCUAUUAUCAUCACGUAAGCUGUAGUCAACUAAACAAAUUCAAUAUUAACUGUCAUUUUGUCUGACGCAAAGAACAUCUAUGUUUGUAAUAAAUUAUCUAGUUUAGUUGACCACAAAUCAACAUAAUGAUGUAGAUGAUGACUUCGCAGUACAAAUUGCCAAAUGAUAAUGAUGGCACACAAGGACCACGGACAUACCUAUUCUAUUGCACAGUAUGUAUAAAUGUUAAAUUUGUGUUAUCUCUGCUUAGCUCUCUUGUGCAAUUUCAUUAAGUUUAUCUUGCAUAUUUUGUAGUUAAUUCUUUAUUGCAAUUAUGUUAUUUAUUACAAGGUACUUAAAAGUUAUAUUUGUUUUUCAUAUCCACUGUUGCAUAUCGUCUUUUAGCUAACAAUACAUGUAAGUCAAAGUAGCAGUCGUUUUUAGGAGGUACAUAAAACAGCUCUCUUAUCGUUUUAUAAGAAAAUCGCAAUAUAAACCUGUCAAAGAUAAAGCAAUAUAAAUGGGUUUUUUAAUAUUAUAUAUUUUUUUUUUUUUUAUAAUAUAGUAAGAUUAUUUUUUGUGUAUCCUGAAAACCUUGGUAAUUUCACUUGCGCAGUAUUUUUAGCUAAACGGUGAUAUGCAAUAAGUUUGUUAUUUAUUCAUAUAGAAAUAUGUAAGUAGGAUUAAUGAAAAAUCUCCUUUCAUAAUAUUAUGAUACAUAGAGGCAAUACUUUUCCAACUACCUUAGGUGUGGUGUAAUAACAAUAGUUGUGAAUGAAAUUAUUAUAAAGAAAAUGUAAUGAUUAUAUACCAUGUUUAUGAAUUUUAUUGUAAUUAUGUUCUCACGCUAUUGACUUAUACAGACAUUUGUAUGUUUUAUAACAAUGCAAUUUUAUUUGAAAAGAUGUAAGUGUCUGAUGCAGAUUUAGUUGGUUAUUUUUAUUAUAAGAGGUUGUUAUGAUUUAAUAGGUAGCAUAGGUUCUCAUUUUGAGUUUCUAUCUAUAGAGCAGGAUUCAAUUAUAACAGAUAUUUUAAAAAAUAUAUAGAUUUCUCGUUUAUAUAUUA